AUGGUGUCAUCAUUUUUAUCUUUUUUUCUUUCCUCCAUUCUCCAUUUUUAUCAUUUUUCUUUCUUUCCUUCAUUCAAAUUUUAUUUUUUUCUUUCCUUCAUUCAUAAGUUUUUGUUUCCUUCAUUCACCAUUUUUUCUUUUCUCUUUUUUUUUCCUCCAUUCACCAUUUUUUUUCCUUUUGCUUUCUAUUAUCCCAUAAAGUCAGAACUUCGUGAAACUGUCAGUAAGCAAACCGAACAGAUCAGAAAACUUAAGAAAACCCUCAAAGUUUAUGCACGCAAACUCAAAGAUGGCGAAGGUCCUUUCCGAAGAUUCCAGAGUCUUGUAUCGGCUACAUCUUUAAGCCCUACGUCGGCUGCUGAAAUUGCCGCAGAACUGGAUCGUGACGAACAAGAAAGCUCAGGAGUGAUGGCUGCUGUAAAGCACCAAGAGAGAGAGUAUCUUGGUAUGCUUGAAUACAACAAAGUGGAUGAGAGUGCACUCAUUAAGAACCUCAUACAUGAUCUCCAACCCUAUGUGGCUGAAUCUAUGUUGCCUGGCCUCCCAGCUUAUAUUAUUUUCAUGUGUAUUCGUCAUACAGACCACAUUAAUGAUGAUGAGAAGGUGUGUUCACUCCUCACAGGAGUUGUCAAUGGAAUCAAACGAGUGGUCAAGAAAUCAAACAAUGAUGUUGAGAGAAUGACUUUGUGGUUGGCAAAUGCUUGUCGUUUGUUGCAUAAUCUGAAACAGUAUAGUGGAGAAAAGGUAUGUAAUAUCUCUUUCCAUGUCUGUUGUUGA